AUGGAUCGAAUCGAUAGAGUGAAAGACGAAGUAAGAAAGAAACGACACAUUGAUGGAUGGGUUCUCAAGAAACAGGAGUCUAGUUGGGCUCCUCCUGGUACCUGGUCCAAUAUCGAUUUGGAUGUGACGCCCGUGGAAAGGAGGACAUGGACAAGUUGGACGAUUUUUGGAUAUUGGUUCAGCGAUAUUAUUAGCAUCCAAAGUUGGCAAACUGGUAGUACGAUUUUGGCUAUUGGGUUGACGUGGCGCGAGGCCGUCUUCGCCAUCGUUUUUGGAUCUUUUGUCAUGGGCGUCCCGAUGGCAAUGAAUGGCUACACCGGUGCCAAAACUCACGCUCCAUUUCCAAUCCUCGCCCGUGGAUCUUUCGGAUACCAUUUGUCGAAGUUCCCAGUCAUUGUCCGUCUGAUCACGGCGCUCUUUUGGCAUUCCAUCACCAAUUUCCUGGCCGUUGGACCUAUGGUUCAGGUCAUCAGGGCCAUUUGGCCGUCAUUCAGGACCAUUCACAAUGGCAUCCCCGAGUCUGCAGGCAUCACCACCCAACAAAUGAUUGCUUACUUCGUGGUAUGGAUGAUCCAAUUCCCCUUGUUGUUGAUUCCACCUCAUAAGAUGAGAUGGCUCUUCACUCUCAAAAUCGUUAUGGCGCUGGGUACUAUUGUUGGCAUGACCAUUUGGACUUGUCUUCGAGCCGGCGGAAGCGGUAACAUCUGGGACCAACAAUCCACCGUCACCGGUUCGUCCAAAUCCUGGCUCAUCAUGUGGAGUUUGAACAGCUGCACCGCUUCAUGGUCCACAGUCGGCGUAAACAUACCGGAUUUUACACGGUAUCUGCGUAAGCCGCGUUCGGCCUACUCGCAAGCACUUUAUUUCCCUAUAUUGUGCAGCUGGGUGGCCAUUAUCGGCGUUGUUGUGGCGUCUGCCUCAUACAUGAUCUACAACGAAUACGUCUGGGACCCAGUGGUCAUCAUCGAUUCAUGGGAAGGAUCUGGCGGACGAGCUGCAGCGUUCUUUGCGGGCCUUUCGUGGGUUAUUGCUCAAAUUUGCGUGAAUGUCUCAGCAACCGUCAUCUCGGGAGCGAAUGAUUUGGCCAACCUUUUCCCCAAAUGGUUCAACAUUCGACGAGGGGCUAUCUUCAUCACCAUAAUAGGUGGUUGGGCAAUGGUGCCUUGGAAGAUUCUUCACAGUGCGAAUUCGCUAUUGAGCUUCAUGGGCUCGCUUGGAGUUUUCCUCGCUCCGACAAUGGGAAUCCAAGUCGCCGAUUUCUUUGUCAUCAAAAGGCAACAUCUAGACAUCCCGGCUUUAUACCAGCCUCAUGGCCGUUACCGCUUCUGUUACGGUGUGAACUGGCGCGCCCUCGUCGCCCUAGUGGUCUCCAUCACACCAGCGCUGCCAGGCCUAGCUUAUAACGUGAAUCCGAAUGUCCACAUCGGUGGUGCCAUCUACAUUUCGCAGUUCAACUGGUACUACGGCUUCUUCGUCUCUUUCAUUUCAUACAGUGUCCUUAGUCUCAUCUGGCCUGCCAGAGAUUCUCUCGUUCCCUGCAUGAUUGAGUCAAUCGACGAUGUGAUGGAAGAUCAACCGGGAUUCGAGAAGGAGGCGGUGGUGGCAAGUACAACGGAGAAGUGA